AAAGCAGCGAUCAGUAAGAAGGUUCAGAAACAGCAGAGCAGGCGGUCCAGUGAGCAGAGUGGAGACUCAGAAGUGUCAGCGGCUGGAGUCAACCCCCCCCAUGGUAGGAGGUACAGCCAGACCCCCACCCCCUUCCCCAGAGAUAGAGAGAGAGGUACAGGGGAUGAAGAGGAGGCAGAGGAGGACCUGGAUGUGGAGGACCUGGAUGUGGCAGAUAUGAUGAAGACGAGUGGUCAGAAGCAGGAAGAGAAGGAGUCCAUAGACUUGCUCCCUAUAAUGGACCCAGCAUUUGGACCGGACAGGGACCUACGACCAGAGGAGAUUGAAGAGCUUCGCGAGGCGUUUGUGGAGUUUGAUAGGAAGAAGAAUGGUUAUGUCAGCUACAAGGACCUGGGAGAGUGCAUGAGGACCAUGGGCUACAUGCCCACAGAGAUGGAGCUCAUCGAGCUGGGCCAGUCCAUCUGUGGCGGCAAACUAGACUUUGAUGACUUUGUGGAGCUGAUGGGCCCAAAGAUGCUGGCAGAGACAGCAGACAUGAUCGGAGUGAAAGAACUGAGAGAUGCAUUCAAGGAGUUUGAUGCUAACAGUGAUGGUCAGAUCAGUAUAAUGGAACUGAGGGAGGCCAUGAAGAAGCUGAUGGGAGAACAGCUGACCAACAGAGAGAUCGACGAGAUCCUCCGAGACGUGGAUCUCAACCGGGACGGACUGGUCGACUUUGAGGAAUUUGUUCGAAUGAUGUCACGCUGAGAUAACCAUAUGGUUGUUGUGCAACAACUGGAAAAGGUACCACUACGUUUGUAGUGAACAACUGGAAAAGGGACCACUACAUUUGUAGUGAACAACUGGAAAAGGGACCACUACAUUUGUAGUGAACAACUGGAAAAGGGACCACUACAUUUGUAGUGAACAACUGGAAAAGGGACCACUACAUUUGUAGUGAACAUUCUUGUUCUACUGACUGGACCUCGGUUUGUUAUUUUUUGUUAAGCAGCACUUAAAUUGAGUGAACACUUAAUAGUAGUUCUACAAAUCUUGUAACUCAAGCUGUGACAGUUAAAUUGAACAUUGAUUGGUUGUAACAUAUCAAAAUCCUAAUGCUUGGCUGUCUCUUAUGAGUAUCUCAUCUUUUUAAAGUGUUGUUUUUUUUUUAAAGUGAAUGUUUUUACUCUGAUUGUAUGUGUGUUCAAAGGUUUAACCUCGUUUGUAAAAUGUGACGUUAUUUUCAAAUAAAAAGUUGUCUGUGUUG